UGAUAAGAUAAAACAGAUAGCAAGAGACCGAACAAAACCACAAAUUCAUGUAAUUUUUAGAAACAAUAAUGAUACAUUAACAUCCACAUGACAUCUGGUUAAUCACGUAUAAAAAUAUGGUUUUUUAGUAGAGUAGAUGAUUGAUUCAAUUUCGUGAUGUAUGAGAAAAUAGAUAUCCUUUCUCAAUAAAAAAAUGUUUUAACAUGUUAAAUUCCGCGAAAUUGCUCCCUAUUGACAAGCGCGUUCCAGCAGUUUCAUUUUUUAUUUUUUGGAUAUUAAUCACUACUCAAAAUCAUGUCUAUAUCUCUCACUUUGUUUUGAAUCUGUAUACUUUACAAUUAACACUCUGCAAUUCACAUUCGUUCACUCAUCAUGGCAUCCCUCGCAGAUCAAUUCAAGUACGAUGUUUUCCUCAGCUUCAGAGGCGAAGAUACUCGCCAUGGUUUCACUGGCUAUCUCAAGAAAGCUCUUGAUGACAAAGGAGUUCGAACUUUCAUGGAUGAUAAGGAGCUACGAAAAGGUGAAGAAAUCACACCAUCACUUCUUAAAGCAAUUGAACAGUCCAUGAUGGCCAUCGUUGUCCUCUCUGAAAAUUAUGCUUCUUCAUCCUUUUGCUUACAAGAACUUUCUAAGAUCCUUGAUACGAUGAAAGAUAUGGUGGGUCGUUCCGUUUUUCCGGUUUUUUAUAAGGUUGAUCCUUCUGAUGUACGAAAGCUGAAAAGAAGUUUUGGAGAAGGAAUGGAUAAACAUAAGGCCAACUCCAAUCUGGAUAAAUGGAAGGUGUCUCUUCACCAAGUUACUGACUUGUCCGGCUUUCAUUACAAAGGGGAUACGCCUGAGCAUAUGUUUAUUGGGGACAUUGUUGAACAAGUCUUAGGAAAUAUAGAACCUCUUGCCUUACCGGUUGGUGAUUACCUAAUUGGACUGGAGCACCAAAAGCAACAUCUGACUUCCCUUUUGAAUAUUGGGUCAGAUGAUACAGUCCACAUGGUAGGGAUCCAUGGGAUGGGUGGAAUUGGGAAAACAACUCUUGCUCUAUCUGUUUAUAAUUUGAUUGCCCAUGAAUUUGAUGCUUCAUGUUUUCUUGAAAAUGUUAGGGAAAAUCAUGAAAAACAUGGGUUACCAUAUCUCCAAAACAUCAUUCUUUCCAAAGUAGUUGGGGAGAAAAAUGCCUUAACCGGUGUUCGACAAGGAAUUUCAAUAUUGGAGCAGAGGCUCCGACAAAAGAAGUUACUUUUGAUUCUAGACGAUGUUAACGAGCAAGAACAAUUAAAAGCUCUGGCCGGAAAACACAAAUGGUUUGGUCCCUCAAGUCGAAUCAUCAUCACAACUCGGGAUAAAAAGUUGCUAACAUGUCAUGGGGUUGAACAUACAUAUGAGGUGAGAGGGUUGAAUGCCAAAGAUGCUUUUGAGUUGGUUAGAUGGAAAGCUUUUAAAGAUGAAUUUAGUCCAAGCGAUGAAAAUGUUUCAUUAGCACAAUUGCAUGUUAUAGAACGUGUCGUAGCAUAUGCUUCUGGUCAUCCACUUGCUUUAGAAGUCAUGGGUUCUCACUUUUCUAAUAAGACAAUAGAACAAUGUAAAGAUGCACUAGAUCGUUAUGAAAAAGUUCCUCAUAAAAAGAUCCAAACAACACUACAAAUUAGCUUUGAUGCUUUGGAAGACGAAGAGAAGUUUGUUUUUCUUGACAUUGCUUGUUGCUUUAAAGGAUGCAAAUUAACAAGGGUCGAUGAAAUACUUCAUGCCCAUCAUGGUGAAAUCGUGAAAGAUCACAUUAAUGUGUUAGUGGAAAAAUCUCUCAUAAAAAUAAAUGAGUUUGGUAAUGUGACAUUGCAUGAUUUGGUAGAGGAUAUGGGUAAAGAAAUUGUUAGACAAGAAUCGCCUCAAGAUCCUGGAAAACGCACUAGAUUAUGGUUUUCUAAUGAUAUAAUGCAAGUUUUAGAAGAAAAUACAGUGAGUAAUAAUGUUAUGGAUAAUUUGGCAUUCCACCAUUAACUUUGAUUACC